GGGAGUGGCCGUACCCCCCAUGAAGUGCUUUCCUGCGUAUGGCUACUCCUUUGUGACAUGGAUCCGUCUAGAGCCGUCCAGCGACAUUGAUCAGCGAGGCAAGGAUGCUCCUGUGUUGUACAGUUUCCUGACGUCGAAAGGUCUGGGAUUUUCGGCCCGAUUUGAUGCGGCGUUUCGAUUGGUUGUCAGUGCUUUGGGCAACAAGGGGCGUCUGGAUUCAGAGACUAUCACCUUCAAGAAGAACUUCCCAGUAUUUGAGUGGAUUAUGGUUGCCGUGGUACACACCCGGGGCCGCUUCCUGUCGAAGAGCACUGUGUCGUUGUACAUCGACGGCAUUCACGAGGAGAAGGUCAAUCUCAAAUACCCCAGCGUUCCAGAC